AUGGCCAUCAAGAACGACGCCGAGUCGCUCCCCUCCCACGAGGAGAAGCGCAAGAAGAGGAUGAAAUGGGCUGCCUACAUCGCCGCCUUCGCCGUGUUCCAGGUCUUGGUGAUCGUCGUCUUCGUCCUCGUCAUCAUGAAGGCGCGGACGCCCAAGUUCCGGGUCGGCACGCUGCAGAUCAACAGCUUGGAGACGACUCAAGCCCCAUCCUUCAACGCGAGCUUCGUCGCGCCGAUCCGAGUCAAGAACAACAACUUCGGGCCCUUCAAGUACGACAGCGCCAACGUCAGCUUCACCUACGGCGGCGUCCAGGUGGGCGAAGCGACGAUCCCCAAGAGCAAGGCCAACUUCAUGUCCACCAAGAAGAUCGACUUGGACGUGAAACUGAGCGCCGAUAAGCUGCCCAGCAGCGCGAACUCGACUCUCAGUGGCGAGCUGAAAUCGGGAGUCCUGACUCUGAAGAGCGAGGCCACGUUAAGCGGGAAGGUGGAGGUGAUGAUCAUCUUCAAGAAGAAGAAGUCGACCAAAAUGAAUUGCACGAUGGAAAUCGACGUCACGCAGAAGCUGCUCAAGUCCGUGAAAUGUUAA